AUGGAGAAAAAAGCCAAGAGCCUUCCAAAGCCAGCUUUCAAGCUUUCAAAAGUGCAGUUUGAAGAAGUCGAGAGAGCAUUCAAACAGUUCGAUACAGAUGCCAGUGGCCUUCUUGAUCGCCAUGAAUUAAAAAUCGCAUUCAGAGCUCUUGGAUUCGAUGUAAAGAAAAGCCAAAUUGAUGAGUACAUGCAGAGAUAUGAUCCAAAGGGAUAUGGAGGUAUUGAUAAGAACGCUUUUCACACAAUCAUAGAUCCUCUUGUUUAUAACAGAGAUCCAGUUUCAGAAGCACAAAGAUCAUACAAGGGAUUCGAUCCAGAAGGACGUGGAAGACCAAUUGAUUUAGCCAGACUUCGCCAAUUGUGCGAUCAAUUCCAUAUCGUUUUUACUGAUCAAAAACUCAAACAAAUGAUCGCCGAAUUCGAUGAGGAUGGUGAUGGAUGCAUCAACGAAGACGAAUUCAUUCAAAUCUUCAACCCAAUCAGAUAA